AUGUACGCGCUGCGUGCCGACAUGGACGCGCUUCCAUUGCAGGAGGAAAGUGGCGAGCCGUUCAGCUCAAAGCGGCCUGGCGUGAUGCAUGCUUGCGGCCACGAUGCGCACACAGCAAUGCUUCUCGGGGCCGUAAAGGUCCUUUGCCAAGUGAAGGACAAGAUUCGCGGCACCGUGCGGUUUAUCUUCCAGCACGCGGAGGAGGUAAUCCCCAGCGGUGCAAAGCAGCUCGUACAGCUUGGUGUGCUUGAGGGAGUCGAGAUGAUCUUCGGACUUUCUGUUGACGUCACGAAGCCGACUGGCACAGUUUUGUGCAGAAGCGGUGUGAUGAUGAGUGCCUGCAAUGACUUUGACAUAGUGAUCAAGGGCGCAGGCGGGCACGCCUCCCAGCCCGAGCUCUGCACCGACCCCAUCGUGGUUGCCGCCGAGGUGGUCACGAGCCUGCAGACGGUUGUGUCGCGUCGCAUCGGGGCCCUGACAGCUCCGGUGCUCAGCGUGACGACUUUUCAUGGCGGGACGGGGAGCUACAACGUGAUCCCCGACACGGUCCACCUGCGCGGCACGCUGCGCUGCCUGGACCGCGAUGUUCAGGCGCGCGUGCCCGGCUUGAUGGAGGAGAUUGUUGCCGGCGUUGUGAAGGCGCACGGCGCUCAGCAUGAGAUGAGUUGGCUGGAGCCCAACAUCGUCACUUACAACGACCCAGCGGCGUAUAGUGUUGUUAGGAAUGUUGCGGAGCGGGUGGUCGACGGUGUGUCUUUUGUUGACCUCCCGACUGCAAUGAUGGGUGUGGCAGACUUUUCCGAGUACGGGGCUCUGGUACCGGGGUGUUUGUUCUGGCUUGGCGUGGGGGGUGAGAGCGGGGGUGCCGCAAGCAACCACAACUACAGCUCGCGGUAUUGCAUGAAGGAGGCGGCCAUGGAGAAGGGUGUGAAGAUGCAUGUGGGUUUGGUGGCUACACUGUCAAUGUUGAAUGGCAAUUUUACAGGUUAG